UUCACCAAGUCACAAGGCUCAGACGAAGGAAGUAAUUAAGCUAGUCUAUAUAUUUUAAAUUUGUGAUCAUCUUCAUUAAUAUUUCAUUCCAUGGCUUCUUGUCACUCGUCUCCCACUCUAGUGUUUACAGUACGAAGGAGGCAAGCGGAGCUAAUAGCGCCGGCUAAGCCGACGCCUCGUGAAGUUAAGAAACUAUCGGACAUUGAUGACCAAGAAGGGCUUCGUUUCCAAAUCCCCUUCAUACAAUUCUAUGGUAAUAAUAAAGAGUCCUCCAUGAAAGACCCUGUUGAAGUGAUAAGAAAGGCACUUACAAAAACUCUAGUAUUUUACUACCCCUUUGCGGGUAGGCUUAGGGAAGGUCCUGGCCGCAAACUCAUGGUGGAUUGCAAUGGUGAAGGCGUUCUUUUCAUCGAGGCAGACGCUGACGUCACGCUGCACCAAUUCGGUCCCAGUUAUCUUCUUCAUCCACCGUUUCCUUGCUUGGAGGAGCUUCUGCACGAUGUUCCCGGUUCACGUGGAGUUACCAACUGUCCCCUCCUCCUAAUCCAGGUAACGCGGCUCAAGUGUGGCGGUUUCAUUUUCGCCCUCCGAUUGAAUCACAGCAUGAGCGACGGAUUCGGCAUAGCGAAAUUCAUGAAAGCCUUAGCCGAAAUCGCCUGUGGCGCAACGGAACCUUCCCUCACUCCAGUGUGGUGCAGGGAGCUCUUGAAUGCAAGAAACCCACCUCGAAUUUCACGCACCCAUCACGAAUACGAGGUGGAAAACAAAGCCAAAGGAACUAUGAUGAUCCCAUUAAACGACGUGGUGCAACGUUGUUUCUUCUUCGGACCUAGAGAGGUAGCUUCUCUCCGUAGUUUGGUUCCCAAACAUCUUGGUAGAUGCACAACAUUUGAGGUCAUCACUGCAUGCAUGUGGAGAUGCCGCAUAAGAGCAUUGCAACUUGACCCAGAGGAUGAUGUUCGCUUCAUUUACACUAUUAACAUUAAUGCCAAGGUGAAUCCUCCAUUACCUAAGGGUUAUUACGGUAAUGGAUUUGUGCUCUCGGCAGCGGUAACCACAUCACGAAGGUUAUGCGAGAAUCCAUUUGGGUAUGCUUUGGAAUUGGUAAAAAAUGCAAAAUCCAACGUGGAUGAGGAGUAUGUGCGCUCUACCUCAGAUUUAAUUGUGGUGAAAGGAAGACCCCAUCAAGCAACUACGAGGUCCUACCUUGUUUCGAAUACUACACGUAUUGGGCUUGAUGAGGUUGAUUUUGGGUGGGGCAAGCCCAUUUAUGGUGGGCCUGCCACGGGUGGAAUGACAAGUUUUCCUCAAAUGACAAGCGUGUACGUGUCAUGUAAGAACCACAAAGGAGAGCAUGUGAUAGUGGUACCAAUUAGCUUGCCAGCCAAAGCCAUGGAGAGGUUUGCUACAGAGUUGGAGGGGAUGCUAAGACACGCCAGCCAACCAAUAAUGGGAGCUCAUCAAGGAUUAAUGUCUUUUCUGUGAGAAAUUAUUGUAGCUAUAUGUUUGGUGUAGACAUAUAUAUGUCCUAGGUGUUAAUUAAGAAAUAUAUAAUAUAAUGUGAUGAGAAGAGAGGAAUAAAAUAAAAUAUUAGAGUGAUAAUCAGGAGUAUGUAUUGUAUGGGUGUUUAUAUACCAUUAUACUCAAGCAAUGAUAUAUAUAGAGUCAGUUUAAAAUAUA